GUGGGUCCGCCACGGCCGCGGCCGACCACCUGCUUCGUUGCGACUCCCGUCUGCCGCGGGGCGCGCCGCGUCUCCGAGAAGCGAGCGACCGCCGCGCCGUCCUUGUGGACCUUCUGCUCCGUCCAAGUUCGCAUUGAAAUCCCUGCUAGUAUUCGGUGAGAUGUCAUAUACAAGGAAGAGGUUUGAAGCUUUCGCAAUUGUAUCUUGACCGGCUGAUAGUGAACCCAUUGUGUUUAAAGCAUACGAACAAAAUGCAAGUUGCGGGCAGCCACUUAGACAUAAUUUGGUACUGCGUUGAUAUUGAUUAUUGAGCUCAAGCAACUACCACAAAAGGCGUAGAUUUCUGCAUUAUGUGAUUGCUCACAUUUCACAUAACUAGAGUGUAGGCUGUGGACUUUCUUUAAACUGAGAGGACAAUGCUUCUUCUGGCGUUUCGGUAUAUCCUCCCUUUCGCUUUCUCCCCAAUGUCAUAUUUCUACCUUUCUAAGAAAAAUAUUGAUUAAUGCUUCCACAAGAAUAAUUGAUUUAAAUUUGCAGUCCAUUUUAGGUUCUCAAAACAACCUUAUUAAUUGGCAGACCCAUUUAGUUUAAAGGAAUGAAGCAUCUUCUUCAGGUACCAUGUAUUUUUUAAAUACUAAACAUCCAUGCACAAUUAAUGCCCAAUUAAUGAAGGUAAGAGCUUCAGGAUGAUAAUCGAUACCUUUGAGCUUAGUCAACUACUCUAACAAUUUAAGAGAAAAUGCUGAAUUAUAUUGAAGCAGCCAAGGUGAUGUUUACAACUAAGAUGUUUGUAAUACCACCAUCCGACAGGUACCGAACCUCAUACUUCAGAAAUAUAGCUAGUAUGUGUUUCAACCGACAAGGAAGUUGUGCCGUUAACGUCUCCAGUUGCAGAUCAGAUGAUGCAAAUGCAGAUCCUGCUUGAUUCUGCAUACCUGACCCAUAUGAGAUUUAUAUAUUGUCAUAUAGCGAUAUAGCCACAAUCAGUAUUCUUGAUCUGUACGCUUCUCCAUGCAACUUUUUAAUUAUGGACUUCCUAAAAUUAUUCAACUUGGCUGACACCUCAUAUGAGUGUUGUGCAUUGGAUUUGCAAUGCUUUUCUCUACCUUUGGUUUUCUUGAAAGGAUGCAUCUGUUCAAGUGUUCAGUCAGAAGUGGUUGUGAGAUCUGUUGUACCUUGUACUGAAUGAUUUCCUUUUAAAGAAAGAAAUGAUUCCCUUGAAAGGAAGUCUUGGUGUUAUUUACUUAUUUUCAUUGUAUUUGCUGAAAGAUGUUUGAAUUGUUAUAUUUUCCGGGAGAAAAAAUAACAGGGGAGUAAAAAAAAGUUCAGUUUCUUUGUGGUAAGGUCCCUGCAUUUCAUGUUCAAGCAUUGCUAUGAUAUGGCCAAGAUUUAGCAUGAAGGCUCAAAUGCAAGCCAAGCUGUUGUUUUCUGUACAAGGUUAUGCAACCUUUUUGAUCUUGGUGUCUUCCAUUGGUUUCAUAAAUGUCUCUUUUACUCUUUAGCUUGCAAAGUUCUUUAUAUUUUUGCUGGCAUGCCUUUGGUCCUGUUCUAGAGUAGAGAUUUUGUCAACCCUGGAUAGCACUUUUUAUGUUUCUUUUUUAGACAGUCAGAAUGCACUACAUUUAUACUUAUUCCUUCUUUUAUUCUACUCUUCAGGUUUGUGUAAUGGCUGCCACAGACAACAACAUGCUUUCACAGACGCCACAGGCCUUAGCAAAGCUAUUGCUGAAACCGCUGCCCCACACCCUGAGAGAGAGAUACUGAGAUAGAGAGAUUGUUGUGUGACGAAUAUUUGGCUUAUUCCACUGCAUGUGCUUUGCUCACAAUAUGGCCUGGUGAUCCUUCUUGAAAGAAUACAAAGAGAACAAAUAAAAUCACAUGCUAAGUCCAGCAAGAGAAUAUUACAAUACCAUUGAUAGAGGAAAACUGUGUGUCAUUGCACUAAUAGUAGGAAUAAACAUGAGUACAAGGAUGAGAUCACCUGCAGAAAAACAAAAACACAAACACAGAAAUAAAAAGUCAGAAGUAGGAAGGCAAAGAAGGCAUGCCAAAGAAAUGAGGCGCAGUCAGACUGCAGGCUAGAUUCAGAGGAUAAGCUGCGCUAAGCCCUUCGCUCCAGCCGCGCACCAUAGGUGACAGAGAAGGCCAUGAGCUUGUGCUAGAGCUAGGAGUAGGGCCUGCCAAAAGAGCUGAUGCUGAACAAGACAAUCAGAAGACACCCAUGCAACCAGAAGAUGUGCGGGAAGAAUAUGAUGAAGCACGUUCUCACAGCGAGUCACCUGUCGAGCUGAGUAUCGGAGGACCUCUGCUACCUGCCUCUGCAGAAACAGGGAUUGUAAAUUCAGAGGUCUGCAGACGAGGGUUUGAUGUGAACAAUGUUCCGGUGGAUGGAGACGUGGUAAAUGCGAGGUCUUUGUCGACCUCGUCCUUGCAGGUGGAGGUUCCUCUGCGGCAGGCAGGUGACCUGGAAGCUGCAGAGGAUGACGAGAGUGGUGGGGUUGGUGGGGGAGUGAGGAAGAAGCUGAAGCUGUCCAAGGAGCAGUCUAUGUUCCUGGAGGAUAGCUUCAAGGAGCACAGCACCCUGAGCCCAAAACAGAAGAGUGAUUUAGCGAAGCGGCUCCACCUUCGACCACGCCAAGUGGAGGUCUGGUUUCAGAACAGAAGAGCUAGGACAAAGCUAAAGCAAACCGAGUUAGACUGCGAGUAUCUGAAGCGUUGGUGCGAGACGCUAACGAAGGAGAACCGAAGGCUCCAAAGAGAGGUGGCAGAGCUGCGUGCCUAUCGUACCACCUACCCGUUCUACAGCCAACCUGCAGGGUUCGGCGCUGCCCGGGUGUGCCCCUCACGUGAUAACAAGGUCACAGCUUGCUCCCCUGUCCUCACCGCCGUAUCAUCGCCGGUGGUUGCACCGGCGUCAUCGUUGAUGCCCACCUUGUUCGCCAGGCCUUACUUCGGGCUCCGCCGCCAGCCUUCGGCGACCUUGUGAUGCAUGAAGCUCUUGUGCGUGUUGGUAAAUUAUACAGUAAAUAGUUACUUUUGCUCAGCCUAUGUCCUACCAAAAUGAUUGUUAGGGAUGCAUCAUACCAUAUACUGUUCAUAAAAAGAAAGCAUACUUUGUAAAAUGUAGUUGUAAAGUAGACAUGACAAAUGAUGUUACAAACGACCUGAUGUGUAUCCCAGCUAGACCAGUAGGUUUGAAUUUUCUGGUUGCGUAAUUGACUUUGGGGAGCUUGUCAUUGUACAAUAUGAAAUGGUUUGUAGGAGAAUAUCAUCCCGGUAUGGUAAAUUGGCUUUU